AUGGCCGAUGCACAGCAAUCCAACAAGGCGCAUCGCAAAGCCAAGACCGGUGGCAAGGCCGAAAAGGGCAAGGCUAAGCACACCAACGGCUUCAACCCGAAAGCCUUCAUCUCGGCCAACAUCAAUGUCGCCCAAAAGCAGAUCCUACGCAAUGCCGAAAAGGACCAGAAGCGAUACCACGUACCCCUCGCCGACAGGACACCCGAAGAUGAACCGCCUCCCAUCAUCGUUGCCGUGGUAGGCCCAGAGGGCGUAGGCAAGACGACGCUCAUGCGCUCGCUCAUUCGCAGAUACACCAAGCACACGCUCGCAGAGAUCAAGGGUCCCGUCACUGUCGUCACAGGCAAGAAGCGAAGGGUCACUUUCAUCGAGUGCAACAACGACAUCAACAGCAUGAUCGAUAUCGGCAAGGUGGCAGACUUGGUCUUGCUCAUGAUCGACGGCUCCUUCGGUUUCGAGAUGGAGACCAUGGAGUUCCUCAACGUGUUGCAAUCGCACGGUUUCCCCAAAGUGAUUGGCGUCUUGACACACCUCGACCUCAUCAAGAAGGCCAAGACGCUCAAAGCAACCAAGAAGCGCUUGAAGCAUCGUUUCUGGACCGAAAUCUACGACGGUGCCAAGCUCUUCUACCUCUCCGGCAUCAUCAACGGUCGAUAUCCCGACACGGAAAUUCAGAAUCUAUCUCGCUUCAUCGGCGUCAUGAAGUUCCGCCCGCUCAUCUUCCGCAACGCUCAUCCCUACGUUCUCGCAGACCGAAUGGAAGACCUCACACCCAGAGAAGAGAUCCGCACCAACCCUAAGGCCGAUCGAACCAUCACCGUCUACGGCUACCUCCACGGAACUCACCUGCGCGAAUCGCAACGCGUUCACAUCCCAGGUGCAGGCGACCUCUCCAUCACCUCGAUCGAAAAGCUAAACGAUCCCUGUCCCCUCCCGACCGUGGACAGCGAGAAGCGAAGGAAGCUCUCGGACAAGGCCAAGCUCAUCCACGCUCCCAUGAGCGAUGUCGGCGGUGUCAUGUUCGACAAGGAUGCCGUCUAUAUCAACGUGCCAGGGAACUUUACGCGCAAUGGCGACAGUGCAGAUGAACCGGCAGGCGAGGGAGAGAAGAUGGUGAUGGACCUUCAGGACGCGCAUACCACGCUGGACAACCUUGCCGCGCAAAGCGAGUUGCGACUGUUCGAUUCGGAUCGUGCCGGCAUCUCGGCUGUCGAGCAAGACGAUGCGGACGAGUCUUUCGAGUAUGCUACGUCUGGUAAGGGCAAACGCGUUCGACGUGCUGCUUUCGACGACGACGUGCUGCUCGACGACGAUGUUGAUGAUGACGAUGCUGAAGAUGACGAGGAUGAAGCAGGCUUUGAUGAUGACGAUGAUGACGACGAGGAUGCAGCUGGCAAACGCAGAGCGUUCACACGCAAAGCGGUCGAAGCGGAUGAAGCAGACGGUCCAGCAUCCAAAGAGAUCCCCUUUGCCGAUAGCGACUCCGACAUGGGUCUGGGAUCCGAAGAUGAGGAAGAGGACGAGGAUCCAUCGGAUGACGAAGCUUCCGGCUCCUUCGGCUCUGGCUCCGACGAAGACGAGAUCGCACCUUGGAAGCGCAACCUCGCCGCACAAGCAGAAGCCACCGUCCGCGCCAACAAGUCCCGCAAGCCGCUCGACCUCGCCCGUCUCAUCUACAACUCCGACAAGACGCCCGAACAGAUCGCCUCCGGCGACAUCUACAGCGACGACGACGAUGAAGACGACAUCCGCAAGAUGGCCGAUCAGGACGACGGCGACGACUUCUUCCGUCCUGCCAACGGUAAGCCAGCUUCGUCGGCCAAGACUGGGGAGAUGGACGAAGAGUACCAGGAUGUACCUGAUCAGGCGCGCUCGAUCACCAAAGCGGAGAAGCUCAGUCACUGGGCGGAGGAGCGUGUUUUGGACUCGAUUCGACGCUUCUUCAUCACUGGGGAUGAGCCGGACAACCUGGAAGAGCGGAAGGACGGAAAGCGAGGCGAAGUGGUCGACAAAGACGACGCCGACGAGGACGCUGAUUCCGGGGCAGAGCAUCAGGGUGAUCAAGACGAUGCAGACUCUACGGAGGACGCUCGCGCAAAAGCCCUCGCCCUGAAGAAGGAAGCCCUCAAACGACGCUUCGACGAGCAGUACGACGACCCUGACGCAGACACCAAGCAGGAUUGGUACGACGAGCAGAAGGAUAUCCUCGCCGCCCAAGCCGCGCUCAACAAGGCCGAGUUUGCUUCCGUCGACGAAUCCAUCCGUCACUCUGUCGUAGGCUACCAGCCCGGAUCGUACGUCCGCAUCGAACUGUCCAAAGUCGCCUACGAGCUGGUCGAAAACUUCGAUCCUACCUACCCACUCCUCGUCGGUGGACUGCUGGCGAGCGAAGAGUCGUUCGGUUUCAUCCAAGUGCGUAUCAAACGUCAUCGAUGGCACCAGAAGAUCCUCAAGACCAACGAUCCGCUCAUCUUCUCCCUUGGGUGGAGACGUUUCCAGUCGAUCCCCAUCUACUCGCUGGACGACGGAACGAGGAAUAGGAUGCUCAAGUAUACGCCGGAACACAUGCACUGCUUGGCGUCGUUCUACGGUCCCAUCUCUGCACCCAAUACUGGGUUCUGCGCCUUCAACACCCUGUCGACCUCGGCGCCUUCCUUCCGCGUCUCUGCUACGGGUGUCGUGCUCGACGUCGACGCCGGUUCGCAGAAGAUCGUGAAGAAGCUGAAGCUGACCGGUACGCCGGCGAAGAUCUACAAGAACACCGCGUUUAUCAAGGACAUGUUCACAUCGGCGUUGGAGGUGGCCAAGUUCGAAGGUGCGCAUGUCAAGACGGUUUCGGGGAUCAGGGGACAGGUGAAGAAGGCGCUGGCGAAGCCCGAGGGUCAGUUCAGGGCUACUUUCGAGGACAAGAUCUUGAUGAGCGAUAUCGUGUUCCUCCGAGCGUGGUACACGAUCUCGCCUCGCAAGUUCUACAACCCGGUCACGAGUCUCUUGCUCUCCGGGGAGAGGAGGACAUGGCAAGGGAUGCGAUUGACAGGAGCGGUUAGGAAGGAGAGACAGCUCAAAGCUCCCAACCACAUCAACUCGAGCUACCGUGGCGUGGAGAGGACCGAACGCAAGUUCAACCCGCUCCGCGUACCACGAGCCCUCCAAGCAGAGCUGCCGUUCAAGAGCAAGCCGAAGCAGAUGGCGGCGUCCAAAUCGACCUCGUACCUGGCGAGGAGAGCGGUGGUGCUGGAAGGAGAGGAGAAGAAGGCGCUCGCGUUGCUGCAGCAGAUGAAGACGGUUCAGCGCGAAAAGGAGGACAAGAGGAAGGCCAAGAACAAGGAGAAGCAGGGAGAGAAGAUGAAGUUGGCGCAAAAGGAUGAGGAGAUCCGCGCGAGCAAGAGGAAGGCCGAGAUGAAGGAGAUUUACAGGAUCCAAGGGAUGAAGGCGCAGAGCGCUGCGAAGAGGCAGAAGACCGGCAAGUGA